AAGGGCACUCACGAAGAAAGAUAAAUUAGAUAAGGGAAGACACACGGCGAGGGCUGAAGAGAAGAGUGAAGAAGUAACAGAGAGAAGAAAAUCGCGCAGAAAUGGAGAAGUACUUUGGAAAUGCAUACCGGGGCGACCCGGGAGUACCUCACGCCGACCCGGACCGGUUCGUGAACAUAUGGGUCGGGUCGGCCGCCUUCUCCGCCCUCACCUGGAUCAACCCUUACAUGUGGACGCUCUCCAACCAAUUCAAUUGGCACGACAAAGCAAUGCUGUUUGAACAGUAUCACUGGAAGAAAGCACAGGAGAAGAAGCAACCAUAUGAAUUUCAGUGGAAUAAGAUGCCCAAAAAAGUUCGAGACUCGUACUACUUCAACUGGCCAGUCUACUUCCCUUAAGUUUUCUUCCUUCAUAUGUGUUCUUAUGUUCUAGACUUCUCGUAUUAUGAUUCCAUAGCAUGUUAAUCUGCAUUUUUCGUAUUUUGUCUAUUGAAAGAUGAUUGCUUUCGAUUCGAUAAAUAUAUAUGCAAGAUAUUCCAGAAACGAA